GCAACCCUAUGGCAAUUUUUAGCAGCUGCUUGCGAUUUCGCGCUCAAGUAAAAAUUAGUUUAAGCUAAUAUCAAAUUAACAAUGGCCAGCAGCUCGCGAAAUGCCUCACGGAGAGCCAAUACAACGCAUUCGCAGUCGCGGACGGUGCCAACCCAAGCGGAAGCAUCACAGGUUGAGAUAGACCACCAAGUGCGCGCCAUUCUGAAUUAUAUUCUGUGUCAUUCGGCGAAUAAGGUGCCGAUCAAGUACAACGAUUUGAUGCCUUUGGCGGAUAGCAAGAACGAGGUGAACAAGCGAUUUGCAUUAGUCACCCAACUCCUUGAAACACGCUAUGGCAUUAAGCUUGUCCAGCUGGAAGGAACUCCCAAGAGAUACGUUUGCAUAGCCGAGGCACCGGCGGCAUCCACAUACGAACUAACGGCCGCCCAGCGUCCACAGUUUACAUUGCUCUACAUUAUACUUACGUACAUCUUUUUGCGCGGUAAUCACAUAGAGGAGGACAAGCUCUACGGCAUGCUGGACAUGAUGGGAGUUAACGUGCACGAGGAGCAUGGAUACUUUGGCGAAAACAUAUCCAAACUGAUCGAGGAUACGUUCGUGAAACAACAAUAUCUGAAGCGAGAGCGCUCACAGCUUAGUCCCUACGACGAUCCCAAGAUUACCUACAGUUGGGGGCUGCGUGCCAAAUGCGUGUUUACUUAUCCACAAGUUGUCAAGUUUGCAUCCAAACUGUUUGACCAGGACGAAGCUUUCUUUCAGCAACAGCUUAUGAUGGCUGAAGGCGUGGAUAAUCCCGAGAUGCUGCAAGCCUCUGCUCUAGCCGCGGAUAACACCGAUGCCAGCUUUUCGGAGUCACAACAUCUGUUGGACAGCCAAUGAAUCGUUCAAUACAAGUGCAACUAGAUUAUAAGUGUAUUUUAUUCAGUAAGGAAAUUGUUUUAUUUUUGAUUUGUAACUAUAUGACCUGUUUAUUACUUUGUAAAAAAGACUAAGAUAAUAGCAGCCAAUUUACCAAGGGAUUAGUUCCUUAAUGGUCUUUAUAUCCCUUCAAAAAGCAACCCAUAAACAAAUAAUCUAUAA